UUCGUCGCUGUUGUGUUUUUCAAACCAGGAAGAUGCGUCCCGAGUUCGCAAAAACGGCGAUAAUUUUGAUAUUCUCCUGGCUGCAUAACGGCGCAGCGGGGAACUCCGUGGAGCAGAAGAUCUACGUGGAGCUGAACCACACCGUGCCCUGCGUGCGGCUGCUCAACGCCACGCACCAGAUCGGCUGCCAGUCCUCUAUCUCGGGUGACACAGGUGUAAUUCAUGUUUUGGAGGCUGAGUCAGAUGUGGACUGGGUUCUGAGCUCUGGACCAAACCCACCUUAUAUGGUGCUGAUGGAGGCAAACUUUUUCAACAGGGCCACCAUGAUGAGAAUGAAGGGGUCGCCCCGGGUUGCAGGCGUUGCCGUGGUGAUCCCAAAAUCUGGACCUCCUCAGGGAUUCUCUCCACACAACUCCUGUCCCAACGAGGGUACAGGCGUUUACUCGGACAGCUAUGGGCCUGAGCUGGCAGGCUGUAACAGCACAGUGUGGAACCCCCUGGGAAACAGCUUAUCUUAUGAGAACUUCAACUUCCCCGUCUUCUCCCUGAACGACGACAACGAGACCGAGGUCAUUCGCAAGUGUUUCCGGGAGCAUAACGUGGUGCGGAACGGCAGCUCUCCGCAGUACCCUCUGUGCGCCAUGCAGCUGUACUCACACAUGCACGCCGCCACGGACACCGUCACCUGCAUGAGACGCAACAACAUCCAGAACAGCUUCAGCGUCACUCCCGAGGUGGUCUGCGAUGCUAUCAAUGACUAUAACGUGUGGGGCUCAGUUCAUCCGCUCAACAGCACUGCCAAAGGCCACAAGAAGGGGGAGAGUGUGGUCAUAGCAGCAGCGCGGAUUGACGGCAGGUCCUUCUUCUGGGACGUGGCUCCGUCGGGGGAGGGUGCUGUCGCGGGAUUCGUCACCCUGCUGGCCGCCGCCCACGCUCUGCGCCAAGUGGCCCCGCCCACACGCAACAUCCUCUACACCUUCUUCCAGGGGGAGACCUUUGACUACAUCGGCAGCUCCCGCAUGGUGUAUGACAUGGAGAACGGAAAGUUCGUCAUCGACCUGGACAACAUCCACUCCCUGCUGGAGAUCGGACAGGUGGGGCUGCGCAGUGGGUCCCGGCUCUGGCUGCACUCUGACCCCGUGUCCCGCAGGAGGAACAGCAGCGUCGACGCAGAGGUUGAGAAACUUGUCAGUAACCUGCAGUCAGUGGCCAAAAUCCUCAGCUUGUCAUUGGCAGAGCCGAAUGUCAGUCAGCCCCUUCCACCUUCCUCCUUCCAGCGCUUCCUGCGAGCUCGGCCAAUCCCGGGGGUCGUGCUGGCUGACCACCAAUCAGCUUUCAACAACAGGUACUACGAGAGUGUGUACGACACCGCUGAGUACCUGAGGGUGACCUACCCCCCCGGCCUCACCCCCGAGGAGCAGCUGGAGUACGUCACUGACGUCGCCAGGGAUCUUGCGGAAGUGGCUACGCUGGUGGCCCGUUCUCUGUACCUGCAGGCCAACGGUUCAGAGGCAAACCUCCCCAACAUCACCGCUGACCCCAAGACUGUGACCCACAUGCUGUACGGGUUCUUGGUUCAGUCCAAUAACAGUUGGUUUCAGGCCCUGACCGGUCCGGACGGCUUCACACUGGAGCCCCUGCAGUACUACGUGGGCGUGUCCGGUCCACCGCGUCCAAUCAAGCUGACCACUCGGCUGGUCCAGUACGUCCUGGCACAUCUGACUGGCAACGCUACCAACCUGACCCAAAGUCAGUGCCAGAACCCGGAAAACCUGGAGGGAGAGAGCAAGGAGCUGUGGUCCUACCUGUGGGUGCGGGGCUCCGUCCCGUCCAACAGCAGCCAGGGGGAAGCUUACUGUGUGCGCGCGCCCGUGCGCCUCUCUAAAGCGGUGUCCCCUGCCUUCGAGCUGCAGGACUAUGGUUCCCAGGACUAUUCCACAUGGACAGAGUCCCGCUGGAAGCUGAUCCGAGCACGGAUCUUCCUGGUUGCCAGCCGCGAGCUGGAGAUGCUGACCCUCGGCGUGGGCGUGGCCGUGUUGCUGGUGUCGCUGUUGGUGACGUACUUCAUCAGCUCCAAGGCAGACCUGCUCUUCACCUCCAGCAGAGAGCCUGCUAGCACCACCUACUGACGCAUGCGCACACGGCACUGUGACUGGCGCCCCCUGCUGACCAACUACACACAGACACGGCGUCCCGUGCACACUGAGAUGCAGCUCAGCGAAAGCUAUGGGACUGCUUCUGAUUGGACACUUUGAUUCAGGAUAUCACUGAUGCCGAGAUGUUUAUAUUUUUUGUCAAAGAAUCAUGUUUUGUUUACUGUGCUUGGGUUUAGGCACUGAGCUUGAUUUGAUCUUGGAUGUUGAAAUGUAGUUUUUGCUAAAAGUGCGUGCGUGCGUGUGCGCGCGCGAGUGGGUGCGCUAGUGUGUUUGUGCGCUAGUGUGUGU